CAUAACAAGAUAUUGGCUAUGAGCCAAUUGCGCAGUAAUAUAUUAAGCAAUAGAAAACGUAGUGAAGUUGAAAAGGAUAAACAACAGUAUAAGCGAAUUUAUAAUAUAACCCCUAUUCAACAAGAAUUGGCCGAAUCUUCCUCAUCUAAAAGUAAUAAUGUAGAAAAUGAAUUAUUAGAUUCUAACAAUUUAUCAACUCAAUUAAGCGAAACUUCUGAAAUGAAUGAUGAUGUAGUUAAUGAUAUUGAAGAAAAUUGGUCGUACACAGUUAAACAUGUGAUUGGUUUGUUAGAUAACGAAAAUCAGUUGGAUAAUGGUAAAAUUGUAGAUAGCGAGCCACUCGAAUUUGAAUUGCAUGGGCAUAUUACUCAUCCAGUAGAUGAUCCGUUAGCAAAAUGGAGUUUGUUGGAAUUAUUUUAUGAUUCAUUAGAAGCACUUGUUUUUUUUGUUCAAUAA